GCAGCAUAACAAAGCGGAAGAAGCAGCAGCGGCGGCAACAGCGUCCCGGACGGGGGCCACGGCAGCGCCCGCUAAUGCUCGGAGACCCCCCUGCCGCGCAGCGGCCAUGCGAAGUUUAGAAACUCGGGGGUUGCUUUUGAUGCCGCCGUCGGGCUCCUCGGCUGCUCCCGCGGGCCCCCUGGGAUCAUAAAGGCCCCGCCCCUGCCCGGCGCCUGCAAAAUGCCACUCCGCAGACCAGGGAAAAGUUGUCUGUGGCUCGGCUACAGCAAGAAGUUGCCCGAAAUAAGAGUGACGGAACAAUGCGCGAGAAGCUGGUACAUGAGUUGGAGGAAGAGCGACAUUUGAGACUUGAAAGUGAAAAAAAACUACAAGAAAUGACACUGGAAUCUGAGCGCCACAGGGUUCAAAUGUGUGGACUGCAGCAGCAGUUUUCAAGAAUGGAAGAAACAGUGAGGAACCUACUACAAAGUCAAGGAUUAUCUGAGCCAAAUGGAAAAGAACCUGUGACCAUAUUAAAAUCAUAUCAGGAAACGUUAAUGCAAGAGGGCAAGCAGUGCAAAACAGGAGUGGAAGACAUUUGCAUGUCAGAUAAAAAUUCAAGGAAUGAAAACAGCAGCAGUGGAGAGGAAAAAGGCAAAACAAAAUUACUCUUGGAACGGCUGAAGGCUCUGGAGGCAGAGAAUUCCGCACUGGCUAUGGAAAAUAAAAAUCAGAGAGAGCAGUAUGAAAGGUGUCUUGAUGAGGUAGCCAAUCAGGUUGUACAAGCGCUGCUUACUCAGAAGGAUCUGAGGGAGGAAUGCUCGAAGUUGAAAACAAGGGUUUUUGACCUAGAACAACAAAACCAAACACUAAAUGUGCUAUUCCAGCAAAGAGUGAAACCAACAUCUGGCAUACAGUUUCAGGAAUGCCAACAGAAUAUGAAAUCUGGAAUACCUGCCUUGAAAUGCCAGAGUCAGUUAAAUGGGAUUGGACCUCACCAAGUUUAUCCUCAAAGCAGCUGCAGCAGCAGUGAACUCUCCUUGUCAAGUGCCUGCAGUGAAUAUUCCAGCAGUUCCUCCUGGAACGAUGGGAAAGCGUGCCGGAAAAAGUCAGUAAGCUGGGAUAAAAGGAUAAGUGUAGGCUCUUCAAUCCCCAGCAACCAUUCCAGUCCUGCUGAUGAACUACCUCCAACUCGUAUCAAGGAAAUCCACAUUUUGGAUGGGCUAAAGAAGCUACACAAGCAAAAAAUAUUACUAGAGCCACCUUCUGUUAUAUCCAAAUGGGGAUACAAAGAUUGCAUGGAUUCUAACGAAGGAAUCUAUUCUCCAGGAAUUAAGUACAGCAGUCAUAAAGAACAGGCCAGCGGCAUGCCUGAAACGGAGAGAGCUUGCAUAGAUCACCAGAAAAUCUUUGUGUAUGAUUCUGAUUCCCAUGAGGAUGCAGAUGAUGACUCUUCAUCUUUAGCAUUACUAUAUGAAGUACCGAGGAAAGACUGUCGGCACUACUGUAAUAAAUUAACUCACAGCGUUUCUGACAGCUUAUUUGGCUGGGAACCUGAUAGAAGGCAUUUAUCAGAAAUAAGUUCUUAUUUUAAUUCAAAGGAAAGGCCUGAAAAACUGACUAGUUUUGUCAAUGAAUUUCAGUUGGGUGCAAAAUCGUGCACUAGUAUUAAGCUGCCUGUGCUGCAGAUAGAUAAAAGUCUUUCCAGUGUAAGCUGGAGAGACCUUAAUUUACACCUUUCAGAUACUGAUGACAAUGAAAUCCUUGAUGAAUUACAUAUAGAAAGCAGCGAUGAGAAAAGCCCAUCAUAUUUGUCAUUAGCACCUUUUGCAGAAAAGAACACAGAGAACUCUGAUGUGCAUAUGGAGAAAGAGAGCACUCAACUGGCAUCUUCUGAAAAACAAGCUAAUCAGAUGCCUACUCGCUCAGAUAUUAGGACAAAGGCAUGUAAUUUUAUUAAGCAGCAAAAAAUUAUUAAGAAGACUUCUUCAGAAGAAUGUAUUACAGUAAUAUUUGAUGCUGAAGAUGGCAAACCUAUUGAAUUCAAUUCACAUCAGGCUGGAGUUGUUACUGUAACUAGAAAUGAAAUUUCAAUCAACCAGCCAUAUUCUGGGUUCAAUGCAGAAAACACUACAUGUUUAUCUCAGGGAACAUCUAAUUUGCAGAAAGCAAUAGAUGCUAAAAGCUGCCAUCUUAUGCAAAUACCUGUUAAUAAAGCAGAGAGAAAAACUGCCCCAAAUGACUUCAAGGAUGACUUUGCAAAUGUCCACACUCCCUAUGGCAGAGAAUGUCCUAUACACUUUGGAAAACCACUGUUUCAAAAUACCUCUCAACCAAAGCUAACAAAGCCAGUUUGCAGUAUUUCUUCUAAUUUGAGUUCCCAUUCUUGUAUCCAGGGAGAUGAUAAUCAAAAACACAAGUUAACUAAAAUAUCCAGCAGAGGUAAGUUUUCACCGCAGAAAACAAAAGUGGCCAUGGCUGAAAGCUUUCCUUUAGUCUCUUCACAUUGUCCUAAGACCUUGGAUAAAAGUCCCCUGUCCCCUGUAAAAUGGUCAAGACACAAAAAGAUGCAAAAUCCAAAUCAAAAUUCAAAAGUAGGCUUGAAUAACUGUAAGGUGUUAGCCCAUCCAGCAGCCAAGAACCUGCUCUCAGAAUCAACUACCCUGCCUCAGCAUCUUAUAGAGCCCGUCAGUAGUGAAGAGAAGCCAACUAGAGAUGUCCAUUGUGAUGUGCCACCAAUGGAGGCCAGAUCUCCAUCACCUCCCCUUCCUCCUGGCAGAUCAGCUUCACUGUUGAUUAAACCAAAUUAUGAACAUUCACCCCCUGCUCUUGACAAACCAGGGGCAGAUUUCCUCAGUGAGACAGUAAAAGAUGUUGUUCAGUUGUCACCGCUGAAAGGAAAUUCAGUGUCUCUUUGUCAUAACAUCACUGUCUGUGGGAUGCAAACUGAUAAACUGCCUGCAACACCUCAAGUUGAAUUAACCCAUUUUCAGGACAAGGGAGAAGGCAAAUGCAUAUCAGAAAAGUCCCUGGCCACGAACCAAGUCAUUUCCAAGAUUUUUACAAAGAAAAUUGGUCCCCCAAACUCUAACCCAUCUGUGUUCUGCAGUAAUAGAGAACUUUUUAAUUCUAGAGGUGUCCCUACAGCUUUCACACCACAAGAUACAAGCCCACUGUUUCAGGAGAUUGGUGUACCUCAGAAACCAAAGUUUCCAGAGAGUUUCUCCACUUCACCAGAGCAUCACAUAGGCACAGUUGGGGAGCAGACUGUUCUGCCUCAAAUUAGUCCUUCCCCAGUCCCACUGUUAUCUCAGGGGAGGGAUGAUGGAAACCUGUCUGACAAGGACCUGAAGCCCCAUCUGUCUAUGGGACUGAAAUUACUCAUAACGUCUCCCCGCUUUGUCAGAAAGAGUUCCACCGUGCCAGGGAAGCAGGAAAAGGACUGUAUGAAUGCAGCCUCUAAGUGCAGUGUAAAUUCAGAUAAACAGAGGCAAGGUGAAUCUUCCUCUCAAACCACCACAGACUUAGCUGACACUGAAGAAAGGAGUCCAGAGCCCCAAAUAAAGGAAAGUUUCUCAAAGAAGCUCAAAAUGGAUCCAGCCUUCCCCAUUUCCCCUGAAACUUGCAAUUUGAUAGAGCAAGACAGGUUGGAGAACAAAUCUGUUAAAAGGUCAGUUUCUUCUAGUAAUAAAGCAUACCUGAAGCCAGCUCUUGGUAUGACCGGAGCAAAGGCCCGUAGUCAAAGUUUCAGUAUUUAUACUGAGGAAAUACUGCCUGCAGAACGGUUGGGAAAAGUUAGAACACAGAUUAUAACAAAUACAUCAGAAAGAGGAAAUUCUUUAACCAGACAAAACUCAACAGUGGAGGGAUUACAAAUUACGACUGUUUCAGAAUCAUCUGGGACAACAGAGGCCAUUCCCGCAGUUUCUUGUAGUAGGCAAGGCAUUUGUGCAAAAGUGAGUAGUUCCGGUAGUCAGAUGAGUAGCCCAAGCAAACUGCCAUUUCAUGUGUCUCCAAAAGGAGAUUUAUUUGCCAGUGUUUUGAAAAAGGGGAUCCACAAAUCAGCAUCACAGAGUGAAGUUCAAAAUACAUCUGGCCAAGAUGAAAAAAGUGAUAUUUCCAAACAUCAGUUGGCAAUUGGAAAAAGGGUUACCCAGGCAGAAAUCAACCAAGCAAUCAGUAUUUCUUCAGAGCACAUUUUCCCACUUCAGAAAAAUGUGGACAGGAUUGUGUGUCACCGUAAAGCUGAAGGAAGCAAGACGGCAUUGCCAGAAGCAUGUCUAAAUGGUCCCGAAGCCUGUGCGAAGGUUUCCGUUUCAGCUACUUCACAUCCUACAAUAGAAGAAAAGGUCAUGUUGUGCAUACAAGAGAACAUGCAGAAAGGACAAGGGCAAAACCGAUCUGCCACUGAGAUGAAACAAAAAAACGGUGGGCCUUCUAUCGCCAGCUGGUUUGGUUUCCGUAAAAGUAAACUCCCAGCCUUGAAUAGCAGAAAAACGGAUACCUCAAAAGUAAAAGUAGAAAAGAAAGAUGCAAAAAGUUCAGCUUUUGGAAGUAAGCAAACAAAAUCUGAAAAAAGGAAAGACAAAAAGAAAAGUGAACAGCACUGUGAAGCAGAAAACGAGCUGAACAAGAAGACUUGUGGGGUGUUAGAUGGUGCUCCAAAAGGGAAAAAAAUGGCAAAAGCCAUACAUAGUAAUCUAAGCCAAGCAAGAUCUGAACAGAAGAGCAGCCCUACUGCUGCGUACUCAGGAAAAGACAACUUUAUGAAAGAGCUUUUACACAGAGUUGAUAAGAAAGCAGCCCAGCAGUCAGAAAGUGGAUCAAAAAAUGUUUCCUACAGGAGUGUGUCGAAGAGCAUAUCCCAGGGUUCUACUCUUCACAGCAACUCUGUCAAUACUCAAAAAAACCAGAAGAAAAGCAGCAAAACAAAGAUUGAUAUAGAAAUACCAAACGAGACCUUGGUCAAGGUAGUAAGAGAAAACUUUCAAGAGGAUGCAGAAGAUACCCUCACAGAUUCAACAAAUCAAAGCCAUUUAAUAGAAUCUUGUUGCCAAAUGAGGACGUUGGACAGUGGAAUAGGAACCUUUCCUCUCCCAGACUCAGGAAAUCGUUCAACAGGCCGACGUGUUUCUAAACAAGGACUGGAUUUAGAAAAUGAAGAUUUCACAUCACCUGAGCAAUCUUUUCCCCAGGCUCAUUCUGAGAAAGCCAAAACCCUAGAACGAGAAGUGCCUUCAACAACUAGUAAAAGCCAGGGAUCUGUAGAGAGCAUAAUUUCUCAUUCAGCAUCAGAUCCUGCAGUGACUGAUAGAGGUGUGCAGACUUUUCAGAGUCGUCUUCCAAAACCAGCUUCUUCAGGAAUAACAAGCCCUGUGAAAAAAAACAGUCAAGAAUUGAGUUCUUUGGCUUCUGCAUCAUUAGAACAUUCAGAAAAAGAAAAAAGUGGCAAUAUAAAGAUGUUUCCAGACUGGAGCAGCAAAAAUGCUAUCAAAGCCAAGAAAUUGAAGCAACCUGAGGAAACAAAAGAAGAGUCUGGGGGGAAAAAAGGAUACCUAAAAUUUGCCUUGAAUCUCUCAAUAAAUUUAAUAACAACAGAUGAAUUUUGUUGCGGAAAAAAGAACAGUCCAAACAAGGUUGAAGGGCAAGAAGAAAGUGAGAAGAAUGAAGAAAUGUCUCUAAAUAGUUCUUGAGGUAUAGAACAUGCAGAAUCUUCAAGUGAUUCUUUAUAUGACAGCUCCUCAUCCAGUGCAAGCUAACCGCCAUACCAUGUUUAAAGACUCUACAGUGAUGAAGCACUUA